AUGUCCGCCAAACGUCCCAAUUUCCUCUUCAUUCUUGCCGAUGACCUGGGGUUCUCUGAUAUCGGCUGCUACGGCGCCGAAAUCCAAACACCCAACAUCGAUCGACUGGCCGCCGAGGGUGUUCGCAUGCUCAAUCACCAUGCAGCUGCAGCCUGCUCUCCAACGCGCGCAAUGCUUAUGAGCGGAACCGGUGCGCACCUUGGAGGGUUAGGGGUCUUGAUUGAAUACAAGAUGAGCGAAAAGGGAGCUAAGCGGUAUUCUGGCAAGGCAGGUUAUGAGGGUUUCUUAAAUGAGGAUGUAGCGAUGCUGCCGGAAAUACUUGAAGAUUACGGAUAUUAUACAGCCAUGUCUGGAAAGGGCUACGCUCUUCACAAGGACCAUGGGCGCGCGGCUUUCAAAAGGCAUUUGACCAUGAUGCCGGGGUGUUGCAAUAAUUAUGAUUAUGGCUGGGAGCCGACUCAGGAACGAUUUCCAGUGGGAGGCCGGCUAUUACAUGCUGAGGAAGGCAAAAAAGUCGACAUAACACCUAACAAAUCUGAAGACCCAAACGGGUUCUACUCUACUACCGACUACUAUACCAAUCGGCUCAUUCAGUAUUUUGCAGGCCGAUCCGAAGAUGAGCAGUCAAAGCCAUUUUUUGCGUUCUUGCCCUACACAGCUCCACAUUGGCCUUUACAGUGUUCCAAAGCUCAGCGUGACAAAUACAAAGGCGUAUACGACGAUAGUCCGUACGCCCUACGUGAGCGCCGUCUAAAGAAACUGGUGGACAUGGGCAUCAUAGACCAGUCCGUCAUUCCUCACGAAGUUGAGACUACAACGCAAGGAGUUGGUGAAUGGGAUCAAUUCACGCCGGAAGAGAAGAAGUUCUCGAGUGCCGCAAUGGAGGCAUAUGCAGGCAUGGUUGAUUCCAUAGACGUCAAUGUCGGGAGGAUCGUGGAUUACUUGAAAAGAACUGGAGAGUACGACAACACCUUUAUCGUGUUUAUCAGUGAUAACGGAGCUGAGGGUGCAGCGAUGGAAGCAAUUCGCGAGGACAUAUCUUUAAGAGACCUGCUCAGUCCAGACUCUCACGACUUCCGGUGGGCCAAGCUAGAGGGUCUUCGCCGCGCUCCUUGGAUAGUCGCCAAUGCAGCGCACGACGAGGCUUUACUUGAGGAUAAGUCUGGAGGAGUAGAUACUGCAGUGACUCGAGAUGGUUAUGAUUCCCGUGCCCCUUCGCCUUCUCGAGAACAAUCCUCUUUCAUAUGCUUCGAAUACGAAGUGGCCGGUCGAGAAUCCCAAUACGAUUACCGACACCGACACAGGACCAUCGAAUAUUCCACUCGAAGCUGA